CUGUGUAACUCAGACCAUUAGCAGUGUCACAGCUGAAUACUCAUCCUUAGCCAACUAAGAUUUGGACACAACUUGGAAAUACACAAAAAUACUGACUUCAACAUCACCACUUUUCAAGUGUGCAGUCAAUUCUAGAGAGCGACCGGAGUUAUCAGGUUCCAUUUACAAUGAACUCAGUGCUUCAGAAGGCUUUCCUGUGGUGUGUGCUGACUGCAUUUCUGCCGAGCAUCACGGGUGCAAAACCUCUGAAUACAGAUGGUUUGAGAAGGCUCAGUGUUUGGCUUCAGGGUAAGGUGAGGAAAGAUGUCAGCAGCGUGUCUGAGAGAAGCGAGAGCGACUCGACAGCUUUGCUGACUCAGAGGAACAGCGGUACCGAGUCAUUUGUACCACAGCACAGGAGUGUGAGGGUAAAGCGGGCAGAACCAGCCUACACGGUCAAAAGAGUCGAAAGAGCGGGCUGUAAUCUGGCCACCUGCUCGGUGCACGAACUGGCCCACCUGCUGAAUAUGAUGCACACGAAGACGAGCAACGCCCCCACUGAUAAGAUCGGCUCAGGGGGCUACGGACGGCGACGGAGACGUUCACUCCCAUCAAACCACCCUGCACUAACGUUCCACGAAGGCCGUCUAAAGCUGGCAUGGGUUCGAUCCAUCCACAAAGGGAUUUAAAGAACAACCCAGGAACACCUCUGUGGUUUGUCCAGAGCCUUUGGUUUAUAUUGGCUCCGUUUACUGAGAUACUUCUGAUACUUCCUUUGCUGAACGUUAGUGUACUCUCUUCAGGCACAAAGGAGCAAGAGGAGCAUCCUUCUCUCCAUCCUCUGCCUGAUGGGUUGGACAGAGAAGGAUUCAGGUCGCUUAAAGUGGUUGUGGAAAAAAGGAGUGCUAUCAGUUGAGACAAAAAAAUAUAUAUAUUAAAAAAAAAAGCUUUGUGAGGGUCUAAGGCAAUACGACAGGAAAUGGGUGGUCAAUGCUCUGUGCAUGUGUUUAGCAUUCUUGUCAUUCUAAUGGAGCUUUGGGACUUGACUCUCUGUCUCUUCUGCAGCACUGAUGCGCCCUCUGCUGGAGGAAUGAAGGAGCAACCCAGGACACUGCCAGCCCAAACUUUCAGUGAAGAGGACAGAGAGUGAAUAGCAAGAAGAGCUUUCAUAAAGCUAUUUACCCUGGAGGACCAAUGAUGAAGAACAGAGAGAGAAAACUCUUCAUGGAAGAAAUGAUUUUUGUUGUCCUCAAGGACAUCCACAUACUUGAAGACUGAUUUAUCUAUACUGUGGGGGCCGUGCAAUAAUUUACUUUAAUAUUAUAAUGUAGUCUUUUAUUGAUGUGUGUAUAAAGAUGUAUAUUAUGAAAACACUGUAGGGCCUACGUUUAAAAGUUCAUAUAUUUAUAUCUACAAAACUGUACAUGUAUCCUUAAGAAACUAUUGUUUAUUUUGCGUUUAUUUUGAAAUAAGAUGUUUAUCCUGUGAUUUCAUAUCGCUAUAAUGCGAAGCAUUUUUUCCACAUGAAUCAUUCAAUAAUGUGUUGUUAAUUGAUAUAUUAAACUCCUGCAAGUGUGAGUGAGGACAAAUUGUAUCUUAUUUCCAGGGCAGCUUUCAGGUCGGUACAUUGAACGCAAACAUAAAUGAGUAGCUAAACAUAG